AUGGCAGCAUUCAAGCCCAACCCAGUCGCCAAUCCAGCCAACAUAAUCGGCGGCACGCCCACCUCCCACCACCGCUUCACUCUCCUGACCCCCCAACUCCUCCGCUUCGAGUACUCCCCCAUCGCCGGCGAGUUCGAGGACCGCGCAUCGACCUUCGCCAUCAACCGCGGCGCCUUCGACGCCGUCCCACAUAAGCUCAAGCACAACGCCGACGGCGCAUUCGAGAUCAUCACUGACUUCGUACACUUGGACUACGACGGCAAGGAGUUCAGCCCCUCUGGGUUGCUUGCAGACAUCAAAGGCAAGACGACGCUAUGGGGCGCGCAGUGGCGGUACGGGCAGGAAGCGAAGGAGGGCGGGAGCGGGAAUUUGGGCGGGACGGCGAGGACGUUGGACGAGGUUGAUGGGCGGUGUGCGCUUGGGGUUGGAGUGUGUUCGACGCUGGGAUAUGCGGUGAUCGACGAUAGUGGGAGUAUGUUGUUUGAUAAUGCUGAGGGGAAGGAUCGGUGGGUAAAGGGGAGGAAGGGAAGGGAGGCGGGGUAUGUCGAUGGGUACUUGUUCGCGUACGGGAAGGAUUAUAAAGCCGCGAUCAAGGAUUUCUACAAGUUGAGUGGGAAGCAGCCUGUUGUGCCGCGGUGGGCGCUGGGGAAUUGGUGGAGUCGGUACCAUCGGUAUGAUGACAAGGAGUAUCUGGGGCUGAUGGAUGAUUUUAAGAAGAGGGACGUGCCGUUGAGUGUGGCGGUGAUCGACAUGGAUUGGCACUAUACGUAUGACGAGCGCGUGCCGCACGCGGGUUGGACGGGGUAUACUUGGGAUGAGAGUAUAUUUCCGGAUCCUGAGAGGUUUGGGAGAGAGAUUCAUUCGCGGGGGUUGAAGAUGAGUCUGAAUGAUCAUCCACAUUCGGGCGUGCAUCAUCAUGAGAAGGUGUAUGAGGAAAUGGCGAAGAUUUUGGGGCAUGAGACUAAGGAUAAGUUGCCCAUUUUGUUCGAUCCGACGAGUAAGGCGUUCAUGGACGCCUACUCUAAUGUUGUCCAUCGGGACCUGGAGAGGAUGGGUUGUGAUUUCUGGUGGAUCGAUUGGCAGCAGGGGAAUUUUUCGAAGGUGCCGGGGGUUGAUCCGUUGUGGGUGUUGAAUCAUUUCGUCUUCGAGGAUAAUCGGGAAAUCAAUGGGAAGCAUCCUGUUGUGUUUAGUCGAUAUGCGGGACCAGGCAGUCACAGGUACCCGAUCGGCUUCUCAGGCGACACGGUCACGACUUGGGAGUCUUUGGCGUUCCAACCGGAAUUCACUGCAACAGCAAGCAAUAUUGGAUACGGCUGGUGGUCUCAUGAUAUUGGUGGACAUAUGUUCGGAAGUCGAGACGAUGAGCUUGUAACCAGAUGGGUACAAUUGGGCGUGUUGAGUCCAGUCAUGCGUCUGCACAGCACUAGCAGUCAGUGGAUGGGCAAGGAGCCGUGGCACUAUCGCAAGGAGGGUGAGGUUGUGAUCGAGGACUGGAUGAGAUUCAGACAUCGACUGCUGCCGUACCUCUACACACUAGAUGUGAACGGAGCAAACCUGGACGAGCCGCUCGUGCAACCAAUGUACUGGCACUUCCCUCAGCGGCAUGAGGCAUAUCAGGUCCCGAAUCAGUACUUCUUCGGUUUCGAGCUGGUAGUGGCUCCGAUCGUGACUCCAAGGGACAAGAGAACUGGUCUGGCGGUCACAAAGGCGUGGCUACCGCCUCUUGGGAGGUUUGUGGAUAUCUUCACUGGGACGGUGUACGAUGGCGACCGCGAGCUCAACCUGUACCGUCCGCUUGGCGAGGCACCAGUGCUGGCUCAUGAAGGCAGUAUCGUUCCACUCGAUGCAAACCACAAGCCAAGCAAUGGCGCCGCCAACCCGGAGGCCUUCGAGGUGUAUGUCGUGGUGGGUCGGAAUGGCCAAUUCAGCAUUCUUGAAGACCCGGCGGACGACAGUGAGCAGGUCAAGAAAGAAGCUCCAGCAAGCGGCGAGCGAGGCAGCUUGAUCCAGUGGAAGCAAGCAGAGGGCAAAUUGGCGGCCUCCGUGACCGGCAGGACAUGGUCAUUCCGCUUCCUAUCUAUGACGGAAAAGCCGAAACAACUUAAAGUCAGCAUCAACGGCAAGGAUGUUACCAGCGAUGCCAAGGUCAAUGUGUAUACCUACCCUGAAUUACCUUCACUGAAGGUCGACUGUCCUUACCAGGCGUUCUCUGAGAAAUAUAACAUUGAGAUCGAGCUCGGGCCCGACCCUCAGCUGUCCGUCAUCGACCACAAGGCUCACAUCAAUGAACUCCUGCUUAGCUACCAGACCGAGUUCACGCUAAAGGACAAGCUCUGGAGCGUUGUCAACGAUGGCGGGAAAGGCGCUGCGAAUGUGAAGGCCGGGAAGCUGAUGAGCCUGGGCAUUGAUGCGGCUCUUAUGGAGCCGAUUGCGGAGUUGAUACUGAGUGAUUCAAGGGGCAUGAACGCGUGA